GAACUGAAUAUUUUUGAAAUUUUGAAAGUUCCAGAGAGCAAGUGGUAAAAAUACUGGAGUUGAAAGUCCAAGCUUACAAAGAAGUGGUUCAGCUAGCAGUGUUUCAACCAUAGGAGAAGGUCCAGCAUUCAAUUUGGUUACCCUAGAUGACAUUGUAGGAGAUAUGGAAGCAACACCAACGGCUCCUUUAACCAAGUCAAAGAAGAAUGAAGAGAAAGAUAUUCAAACCAAAAGUAAUGAUCAAGCUAAAGACAAAAGACCUGUGCCAAAACCCAGAAAAUCAAAACAGGACUCUGUUAGUGUUGAAUCUCCAGAGCCUGACCCAUUAAGCAGGAUGGGACUGCAGACUUUAGACGACGUACUUGAUAUUGACAAUGAUCCAUCGGUUCCUGUUAUCCAGAGUUAUCUGACAAAAGAGACAAAAGAUGAGAGCUCAUCAAGCAGCUCUGAAGAAAUCAUACUCGAUAUGUCCCAACAAAGUGAUAUUGUUUAUGAAAAUGACUUUAAUAAGGAUAGGAAAUCUAGACCAAUAACUCCUAGAUCUGAGGCAGUUACCCCUAAAUCAGAAAUUGUUAGUGAAAUAAAGUCAGAAAUUCAAUACCAGAGUGACUUUGAAAGAUCUCAGUCCAGAAUUAGCCCAACACCAACUCCAAGAUCACAAAGCAAUAGAUAUUCAGAUGAUUUUGAACACAGUUAUCAGGAUAAGUCAGAUAUAGGUAGGUCUAGGUCAGCUAGUCCUAAGAGGUCAAGGUCAAACUCUCGAUCAAGUGAGCAGAGGUCAAGAUCAAGAUCAAGAACUGACAGAAGCAGUAGUGGAACCACAUCUCUGAGGUCUAGCUUUUCACAGUCUGUGUCAAGUUCAUCAAAAACUGAAACCUCGUCCAGAUCACGAAAAAAACACAAAGGUUCAUCUCGGUCACCUACAAGCAGGAAAGCAUCCUAUUCACCUAGAGGAAAACAUGAUAGAUCGAAGCAUAAAGAUUCAUACUCUAGUAGCAGAUCUGGAACUAGUAAGGAUGAUGAUUAUUCCAGAGAUAGCAACACUGAGAGUUACAGGUCCAGUAGAUCUCGGAGAGGUCACAGAAAAAGCCGCACGAAGACAGUUAGAGUCCAGACUGACCACGACACCUCUGCGCUGCAGUACCAAUGGAACCCCUACACAGUGGGGACAGCCGUGGAGGGUGCUGCCCUUGGGAUGCAAGUUGUGGACCCCACUCCUGUUGCCACCCAUGCUGUUAGUGCAGAGGCACUGGAAGCAAUGACGGGCUAUAGCCCUAGUGUCCUUGUGCUCAAUGAUAUGUUAAGACAGCAGUUACAGCUGACUAAGUCCUUCCUAGGGGUCCAACAGAGAAUAUAUCAUUCACUUAUGGGAACAAUUAAUAAUCAGUACCAAUACACAACAUUGGAAGAUACCAAAAAGUAUAUUCGAAAACAUCGGAAACCAAAGUUAACUUUUGAUCAAGCAUUGAAACUAGUGAGAGCAGAAAUGGGGGAAGAUGUCAGGUAGAGUUGGAUUGCAUGGGAAGACUUUCAUGGAUUAUUUAAGAACGAAGACAUUUUACAUUGAAGAAUUGGUAGAUUUUGCCAGAAGAAAAUAAAGCCAAAGUGAUAGUCCAUCAGGUCUGGCUGAAAUUACAUCUAAAAUGAACAUGCUAGUCCAUUUUUGCCAGUGUAAAAUUGUGAGUGUUAUGAACUCCAGAUGCCACAAACAAUUACUUUUGGGUCUGUUAACUCCACAUUCCUCGCCAUUAUCCCUUGAUUUCAAGAAUUUAAACUGGAACUUUUUUAUCUGUCAGUGUGGUGAGUUGGUCAGCCAAUGACAGCUGUCAAAUUGAGGCCUACUCUCUUGUGACCUUGACUGUUACUAUCAUAGGAAAGCUGGGAGAGCAUGAGUACAACUCAAAAAUUAAGCCGGACCCAUCGAAAACCCCAAGGUCAAAUAAGCCUUAUUACUGACAAUAUAGGCCUUCCUAUUGGUUAGAAGGUGUAAAUUGUUCCGAAAAGACAAGUAGUUUUCCUAUUUAUUGAUGACUGACAAUAAUUUGGCACAUUUAGUGUUGUAAUCAACCUUUAAUAUGUCUUAAUUUAUCAUUAUCAAAAUCUAUAAACAGAAAUUACACUCGAAAAAUGGAAAUGGUUUGAAA